AUGCCGCGCUCCACCGCCGUCGUCCCCGUCGUGCUGGACAACCGCGUGCAGCACCUCGGCAAGCUGUACAUCAACAACAUCCGCGCCGCACAGAGGCUGCCCCUCGGCACCUCUGACCACGUCUACUCAAAUCACUAUACCUCGAGCUUCGUCGAGGAGGACGUCCUGGCCGCCAAGCUGCACUGGCUCAGGCAUCGCGCCAACGGCCUGUUCCGCCGCAGGCCUGACCCGGACGAGCUGAGGGGCCGGCCGCGGCACCGGGACUGGGAGUGA